GCCUCUCACCCUUCACUGCAGUGGCUCUGUGCAUCAUCUCCAGUGGAGGAGCAUCAGCUGAGUGGUCCCCAGUACUCUGGCAAGCUGUAUAGGGAAAGGUAUCUGGAGUGUCUUGGUCGAUGGGAGAAACGCACAGAGCCAAGUCCAGUCUCCUGACUGAAACCUCAAGGAGCUGGGGAAGAACCGGAGCUGGACACCUGAGCUCUGGCCACCAGGGACUCCAGGAUCCAUUUUAAUGGAAGGGAGAGGACCUGAGCUGGGCGGAGGCAGCCCUUCAGAGGGUCAUGCUGGAAGCCAGUUCAGCAGCACCAGGGCGAAGGAAUGAGCAGGGCUAGGCUGGAUUCCUCUCUGCUCGCCUAGCCUGGCUCUCUUCCCUUCCGCCCCUGGCCAGGGCCUGCUGGCAGGAUGCUGGGGCUCGCUGCGCAGGUGGAAAGCACAGGGUGCUAAGCUUUGCUGGGGAAAAGCGAGCAGCAAGAUGAGAUCCCAGGAGGGCUGAAAACAGGUGGGAGACCCUUAGCCAGCGCACAGCCCCAUCUGCAAUCCCAUGGCCUUUCUGGACCAGUGGGCAUCACUGACCCAAGCACAAUCCAGCAAGACAGAGACAAGGAUGCGAAAUUCAGUGCAGCUGAGCAGCAGGAUGGCCAGUGUAAUCCAGCAGCAUCGGGAAGUGUAAAUGCCCUUGGAGCAUGGACUUGUCCUCUGGGACUUGGCAGCUGGUGAAGGAGCCAGCCAGAAUGUGAGUCUGUGGACUGGGAUUGCUCCCUCUCCACUGGCUAAUUCUCUCUGAUUACUCUAGGGGACCCAGAAUAGGAUGGAUGAUGGACCUGUGAGGGGAGGUGCUGUGGGCGUCGACACCAGUCUCCAUGGAGCCUUCACUCCCUACACAGUGGGCAUGGAAUUCCUCCAGGCCAGGAAGACUGCUCCAUACGUCCCAGAGCACCAUGCAUCCCAAUUCCACCCUGGACACCAAGACCAGGGAUGUGGCCUCAGAAUCCAUUGGGCUCUUCUUCAUGCUCUUGAUUGACCUGACGGCCAUAGUGGGCAAUGUGGCUGUGAUGACCGUCAUCAUCAAGACACCAGCACUGAGGAAGUUUGUCUUUGUUUUUCACCUCUGUCUGGUGGACCUCUUGGCAGCCCUGACCCUCAUGCCUUUGGCCAUACUGUCAAGCUCCGCCUUCUUCAACAGCACCAUCUUCGGCGAGGCCAUGUGCCGUGUCUACCUCUUCCUGAGCGUCUGCUUCAUCAGCAUGUGCAUCCUCUCCAUCUCGGCCAUUAACGUGGAGCGCUACUACUAUGUGGUGCACCCCAUGCGCUAUGAGGUCAAGAUGACUGUUGGCCUGGUGGUCUGUGUCCUGGUGGGGGUGUGGAUCAAGGCAGUGGUCAUGUCCAUCAUCCCUGUCCUGGGCUGGCUCUCCCUGAAUCGUUUCAAUGCCUCCCCAGCCUACAGCAGCCGGAGCUGCUCACUGCAGUGGAGCCAGAGCUCCUACUGCAAGUUCUUUGUGGUUUUCUUUGCCAUCUUCUAUUUCCUCCUGCCCGUCCUGAUCAUCCUAGUGGUCUACUGUAGCAUGUUCAAGGUGGCCAGGGUGGCUGCCAUGCACCAUGGCCCACUCCCCACCUGGAUGGAUACACCGCGGCAGCGAUCAGAAUCCCUCAGUAGCAGGUCCACCAUGGUGACCAGCUCGGGUGCCCCUCAGACUACCCCUCAGAGGACGUUUGGGGGUGGGAAGGCUGCUAUCAUUCUCCUAGCAGUUGGAGGGCAGUUCCUCUUCUGCUGGAUGCCCUAUUUCUCCUUCCAUCUCUAUUCAGCGCUGAGCUCUCAGUCCUUCCCUGGCCGGCAGGUGGAGAGUGUAGUCACCUGGAUUGGCUACUUUUGCUUCACUUCCAACCCUUUCUUCUAUGGGUGCCUCAACCGGCAGAUCCGUGGGGAGCUCAGCAGGCACCUCACCUGCUUCUUCAAGCAGCCGCCAGAAGAGGACCUCCGGCUGCCCAGCCGCGAAGGGUCCAUCGAGGAGAAUUUCUUGCAGUUCCUGCAGGGGACUGGCUGCAACACAGAAAGCAGGAAUGUUCUUGCCCACCCCUCUCCCAAAAGGGAGCCGCUCGGCGUCGAUUUCCGAAUCCCUGGGCAGAUUGCAGAGGAGACCUCAGAGUUCCUUGACCAGCACAUCACGGUCUCCGACAGCUACAUCCGGGCCGUGCCUAAGCCCGAGCUGUAGCAGACCUUUGCACUUGACAACCUAGUCUUUCUGAUGUGUGGAAUAAUGCAGAACCCAGCUGUUGACAGGGCAUGAUUUCCUAAUAAACACAACCGUGGCGACUGACGCGUCCUCCCUCCACCUGAGCGCCCACACUGACAAGCAGCUGGUUUUGGUGGCUGAGUCAUUUUGGCUGGCUAAGAUCAAUAUCGUAGCAUUUCUAUGAUUUGUCCCUUUUCCACUUAGAGCAGAAACAGCCUCUUGGGUUAAAAAUUCCCUGGAAUUUCCAAUUUGUCCCUUGUAAGUCUCCAAAAGGCCCUGGCUCAGUGCGGGGGGUUGGGCUAGCUGAUCUCUUGAGGUCCCUUCAGCUCUAUGUUUCUAUGAGUCUAUGAAAAGAGCAUUGGUUUUUUUUUUUUGUUUGUUUUUUUGGUCUCUAAUUUAAUAUCCUCUUAACCCUUUCUGAUCUGAUUCCUACCCCUCAACUUUGUGGUGUCUGUAGCCUCUGUUUGUCUGAGGGUGGAGAUGGAUGACAGGAGAGAGAUCACUUGAUCAUUACCUGUUAGGUUCACUCCCUCUGGCAUUGGCCACUGUCAGCAGACAGGAUACUGGGAUGGAUGGAGCUUUGGUCUGACCCAGUGUGUCCGUUCUUAUGUUCUUAUGUUAUGUUCUUAACUGUGUGAACCUACCUCCGUCCCAGUUAGGGUUACCACCUUGGUAAUAUUUAAAAAAUAGACACUCCAGCAGGAAUGCCGGAACCUCCCCUGCCCUGCCUCUUCCCCCAAAGGUCCCACCUCUGCUCUGCCUAUUCCCCCCAAACCCUGCCCCUGCCCUCCUCUGCCCUCAUUCAUUCUUCUUUCUCCCUUCCUCCUAUCGCUCGCUGCUGUUCUCCUCCCACCUUCCCCCACCUCCGCAAGGGUCAGGAGGGACUCGCCUGCAGAGUCUGGAAUAGAAUACAAGAUCAGAGUUGGAAGGGCUCUCAGGAGGUCAUCUAGUCCAACCCCUGCUCAAAGCAGGACCAAUCCCCAACUAAAUCAUCCCAGCCAGGGCUUUGUCAAGCCUGACCUUAAGCUUCAUAAUGGGAGCUUCAGCCACCUGACACAGGUAGGACGCGGCCCCGGCUGAGUAGUGGUUGGUGCAGGUGAUGACCCAGCGCCUCCCCCACCCACAGUAACCAGACUUUGGGUGUCCAGUCAGUAGAUCUGACAGGACACCGUCAGGUCCCCUUUUUGACUAGACUUUCUGGUCGAAAACUGAGCACCUCGCCACCCUAAUCCCCGUAGGAAAAGGGGGGCAGCUGGGAUCCCCACCACCAUCACCACCAUCCCACUUCCCUGAUUUGACCCUACUGAGAUCCCUUUGAGGAGGAGGGGAGCACAAGCUUGGGCUUGGAUGCUCCUGGCUGGGCCUUGGACAAGGCACGGUGGAGCCACGUGUCUGUGGGAGGAGCAGGUGGAGACUCACGCGAUCCUGUUCAAGGAAAUGUAGCCGAACUAGUGACUUUUGAUCAGGCCGUGAGACGGGGUUUCCUAGGAGCCAGACCCAUCUCCUCCCACCCAGCCCCCAGACUCCAACACAGCCUCCCCCCAGGCACAGCCUCCAGCACAAUCUCCCUCCCUACCCCGUGGUCUUCCAGCCCCCAGCCUGGCCCAGGCCCCUUGCUCUGUCUCAAGCUCCUCCAAAGGUGAUGACUGAUGACACCUGCUCAGCAGGAGGUGGGCUGUGGGUCUCUUCCCCCGUCCCCAGCACCUCAAGUGCUCCCCCCAACCUGCACUCUUCUCCCACCCUGUCCCCCAGUGCUGCUCCAUGGCCUGGGAUUGGAUCCCCUGCCCUUGAACCCCAGGGGAGCCCCCGCCCAUGCAUGGCCCAGCUCAGACACCAGAUACAACCUUCGCCCCAGAGAACAGAGCUGCUGCUACAUGGGAAGCAGAUCCCCAGGGCAGGCUGGCCCGAGCGCUGGGUAGGGGCAAGGGAACAGUGAUAGUGAUUUGUUUGUAUUGACAUUAAUCAUCUUUUCCCUUCCAGAACCGCCCCCUCUGGUCUGUCUGCCCGUGGCAGAGGGGACUCUAAUGCAAGGAGCCCAUGUGACAUGAGUGGGGCAGCCACAGGACUAAGUCAUCCCUGCUGGUUGGCCCCCUCAUGAGAUCUUUGAUCACUGACAGAGACUUAGGAACCGUGAUCAGAGCCAGGCUGAACCUGAGCCUUCGCCUGUCACACGGCCCAAGCUAGAGGCGAGUGGGAACCAAGCUGCAUUUAUCCAAACACCUUUUCUGCUUGGAUCUGACCCUGCCCCUCUCUGUCAAACAAAACUGGGGGAGAAGAAUUGGGAUCUGGCAAGACCUCAGUGGCCAAGCUUUGGGCUUACCGGACAAGGGAGUGGUUCCGAUCCCAAUCCUAUUUAUUUGACCCUCCCCCACCCCCAGGCAGUUCAGUGCAGGGCGAUGGGGCGGGGGGAGAGGGGUUCUGGUUUUGUCUCAUCUCUGCUCUGGAGAGCUGGAGAGGAGAAUGGCAUUCACAUCUCUGUCCGUGAACAAAGAUCUGCUCAGCCAACCAGCCUCAGCCUGCUGGGAUCUCUGGCAAAACUGCCCCGGGACAUGGACAGAAUGGGGACAGGGCCCCAUGUAAUCAGUGAGCCUUUCCCAGCUGGGCUGGAGAAUGGGAAAUAGCCAGGAGAAGAGGCCCAGCCACCUUUGCCAUGGGAUUAUGCACUAACCUCAGCUGCAGGGUAUCCUGAUCUCAGAGCCUGCAGAGGCUCGCUCUGGCUGGGAGGGCUCUCUCCAGGUGGGUCCUGCGCGCCAAGCUGGCAAGCCAGCAC